AACCGCUUAUCCUGCGUACAGGGUCGCGGGGGGGCUGGAGCCAGUCCCAGCUGACAUUGGGCGAAAGGCAGGGUACAUUCUGAACAGGUCGCAGGGCCAGCACAGUAACAUUCCUUCUGUCAAGUUACCCUCCCUCCCCAGAAGAUUGAGAUGGUGUCCCUCAAAUAUAAGGGUUUCCUGAGGACAAAGCUCAAAUCAGAGCUUGAGAUAGUUGUCAGCAGUCUGAGGAAGGAGAAUGCCUAUCUGAAGAAGACACUGGUUGAGUUGUCUCGUCAACAUUCAGAACAUUAUAAGCUUGUGGAGAGAUUCCUCUCUCAUCAAACUGUCAGGCUUGAGAGCUGUCAGCAGGUGACAUCCAAAGACGAGAAGAGAGCUUUGCCGUCAGAGCAGCUGAGUGAGAAAGACGGGGCGCUGAUGCACGUAGUGAGUAUGAGGAGAAAGAGGAGCAUAUCCAGUUACUGCAGAGAGAUUGGAGAAAUCAAGAACAAGCUUGUGAGCGUCGCCACUAGGUGUCAAUAUCUCGAGAACAACGUUGCAAGGAAGAAGGACUCUGCUUCAGACCAAUCAGCUGCAACCAACAACGAAAUAGAGCUCCAAAAUCAGCUCAGUGAUGCCUUGGAGAAGAACAAGCAGUGGCUGGAAUAUGACCAGCAGAGAGAGGCCUAUGUGAGGGCAAUUAUGGCCAGAAUGUUAUGGCUGGAGAAGCAGCUGAACGAAGCCAGUCAGGCCCGCUCACAGCAGCACAAUGAGGACCAUUCAGAUGAGAAGGAGCAAUUAAAGCGGAUGCAGGAGCACUAUGAAAGACUCUUACAGAAAGCCAAAGACGAGCUGGAGGUGCUCAGGGAGCAGGUCGAUGUGACCCAGCAGAACCUGAUAAUAACCCAAAAGUGGUGCGACGAAAGGGAGAGUGAGGUGGAGGAGCUCAAGCAGCAGCUGCAGACCGAAAAAAUGAGCAGAAAAAGUGCACCGGAAGAUCAUCGUUGCUCUGAGGAUGAAGAGCAAUGGCUGAGGGAUGAGACCAAAGACCUCCAGUGCAGACUGGAUGAGGAGAAGCGCAGGUCGGCAAACUUUGAGCUGCAGUCCAGUGUCUUUCAGAAGUUUAUGUUAAAUCGUCACCAUGCAGACCAGAAAAAGAUUGCAGAUCUUGAGCGACAGAUCAAGAUUUCUUCACACGACCUUGAGGAUGAGAGGCAGGAUUGUUCAUAUUUAAAGAAGCAAAUGGUCAGAGUUCUGAAGAUGCUGCAAAAAACUAAAGACCACACGACAAAACAGUCAAAGAGAGACCAGCGGGAUCAAAGCACAGGUGAAGCGGCACACCCACCCUACCUGCCCUCCAGAGAUAGCUUUACAUACUCCCCUCACAGCAGCUUGGUAAAUGAAAGCUUCCUGGAGUGUCCCAGCUGCCGGGCCGAGUAUCCUGCCAGUCACUACCGAGAACUGAUGAACCACCUAGAAAUCUGUCUAGACUGAGCUGAACUGAGAACUUCUUCACUUCUGGAUCUUCUGUAAUAUAGAUUGGGUUUUACCUGUGUAACCAGUCGUACAAGUUAUUUUAAUAAACAGUGUUGAGUUGC